UACGUCAACAAGAUGGCAACUUCCAUAGACAAAGUCGACCAAGAGUUGUUAUUAAAGUUUAUGAACGACAAUUUCAGUGAUAAAAAAUCCUUAGGAAGUGCAAAAAGUUUGCGUGAUGAAUAUAAUAAAAAAAAGGAAGAUAUAGAACAAAAACUUAUCAUUGCAAGCAGCGAAAUACCAUCAAAGAUUGAUAAUGCCAUAAUAAGUGCAGAAGCAACAUCCAAACAAAUACAAAAAUUGGAAGAGAAACUUGAAUCUGUACGGCAUCAGGUUCUGGAUCACACACAUUCAGUCAAGCCCAUGGUGGGUGAACUUUCAGCUCUUGUAGAGAGAGUUCAGGAGGUGCAAAGAUAUGUCUACUAUCUCAGCACUGUAGGAAAAAUAGAGGAUUUGAGUUCACAGAUUCAGGCCUCAUUAAUGACAGAAUCCUGGACAUCAGCAGUGGAUAACUUCAAUGAGAUGACUGGACUUUUUAACAGUUUACAAACAUCUGCAUGUCAAAACCUUUUAAAUUUUAUGAAAGAGACCAUUUUGUUUUGGAAUAAAAUACUCAGGGAUCGAAUUGCAGGGGAAUUUGAAGAAGUCCUUAAAGUUUUAAGAUGGCCACUUGUUGUCACCACCAUCAAAGCUCCAUCAGUUACAAAUGUGAAGGAACUUAAAGUGAGAAUGGAAAAAUUGUUUAAAAAACUGCUGAAUCUCCAGCUACCUGACAACUUAGGGUUGGAAAAUACUGGGGUACAUCCCCUUCUAUUAAAAAUUGGUGGUAUCAAGCCCUUAUUACUUCCCCUAGAACUGAUGAUAAAACCUUUGAGAAAAAGGUUUCGUUACCAUUUCUAUGGUCAAAAACAGACGAACAGUUUGGAGAAGCCUGAGUGGUAUCUUACUCAAGUCUUAAGUUGGAUUCGAGAUCAUAGUGACUUCCUUGAUCGAAAUAUUCAGCCUAUACUUGAAGAUUCAGGUAGAGGGGAUGUGUCCGCCAAGACCGAGUUUACCAGAGGGUUGGUGUUACUGGUGAUGGAGAAAAUCGUCAAUGACUUGCCGCACCUGGUCUACGAUGAAGCCAACUUGUCACAUAUCAUAGAUGAGAUCCUCCUGUUUGACAGUGAGAUCAGAAACACAUAUUCUUAUCCACCUAUUCUGCCAGGAUGCUUGGAUGUUUUAUGCUUGCCUGAGGCUCUGAAUAAAUGGCUAAUUGUGGAGAAGAAAUUUGCCAUGCAGAAAAUUGAACAAAUGCUUCAGUCUCCAAGUUGCUGGGACUCCCAGUACAAAGAUAUAGAAGAUUUGGAUGAGGUCAGGGUUCCAGAAUGUGCUGAAAGUUUUAUGAUACUUCUACAUACAAUUACAGAUCGGUAUAAAAGACUGCCAGUGUCUGAUGCCAAACUCCAGUUUCUAGGCCUCCAGAUGGAACUGCUGGAAGACUUCCGCAUGAGAUUAGUGCAGGUGAUGAAAGAGGCCUCCACAGCCCCUACAGGUCACAUGUUCUGUGCUGUGCUUAAUGCUGUGCAUUAUGUGGUGCAAGUACUUGAAGAAUGGAGUGAGCUGACAUUUUUCCUCCAGCUGUUGUGUUACAAGCAAAAUCGUUCCAUGAAGACCAGCUUGUAUGAGACAAACAAAUCUAGCACAGUAGCCAGCCCUGACAUAAGGAGAGGAAGUAGAUCUGCCAACCAAGAUGGAGAAGGAAAUAGACUGGAUCUAGAACUAACUGAACUGAUUGAUUUAUCUAUGGAACAUACUGUCUUUGAGGAGAUUAAGUGUUUGUUUGAAGGAAUGGAGACAGAUAUGAUUUUAACUGUAUGCAAUUAUGUUUUCUUGGAUGUGCAAGCUCGAAGUCAACCAUACAGAAAAGACAGAUGGAUUUCCCUCCCAUCCCCUAAAGAGCUAAGCACCACCUUAGGUCUGUCUCAGUCUGCCUGUGAGAUGUUUCUAGUUCUUAAAGAUCACCUGGCCACAAUGGAAGGGCAGCUUAGCAAAGUUUUAUUUGAUAAGUUUUGGAUUCGGCUGGCCAAAAGCAUUGAUCAGUUUUUAUUGAAUGAGGUAAUUUUGACUAACCACUUUAACACUGGGGGAGCUCUGCAACUCAAGUUUGAUAUUCUCAGAAAUCUUAUCCCUCUGUUUGGUGACUAUUCUGAUAAGCCAGAGUCUUAUUUUCGUCUAUCAAAAGAGGCCUGCACUUUGUUAACAUUGAAAACAGGUUCAGCUCUGCUAUUAAAGGAAGUCCUACAAAAAAAUCCUCAAGAUACUUCAGAGCCGCCAACAGAUGCCCUAUCUGCCCUCCGAGAUCUUGGUAUCUACACUCUAACCCAGCAGCAGUGUCUUAGGAUACUUGGUUUACACACAGAACUUUCUUUGUUGUGACCUUAGUAGAAUAAUAAGUUGAGCUAGUGAAACUAGCUUUUAGUGAUAAUAAAAGAAAGAACCAAGUGUGAUUUCUUGUUAUGCAGUAGAAAAUGUAUUUAUUCAGAGAUGAGAAAUGUUCUGUGAAAGAAUCAUAAUCAAUACAGUUUUUCAGCAAAUUAAAUUUCUCUUUGUACAAGCUGCAUAUUUUUUAUUGAAAUUGUUCAUAAUUAUUUGUUGACACUCUUUGUAAAAAUUGAUUUAAAUUAUAACUAUUUAUCAUUAUGUCUGUGCGAUAGCAAGUUUAAUUUGGUGCAUGUGAUGUAGAUAAAAAUAAAAGUUGAAUAAUUAU